GACAAACACAAAAUAACUCUACCUUGUCGGAAGGAAAAACAACUCCAAUUGCCGUGAACUGAGACUUAGAAAAAGAACCGAAAGGUGAUAACGUUUCACGCAACCCACUAUUCUCAAUUAUUUCGACUCCACAAUAGAGAGCCAUGGGAACUAAUGGCACAGCCGAUCUGGAACGGCGGCUCUCCGUUCUGGAAUCUCGAGUAGGAAUUUCCCAUAGGAACUCAUCAUCGAGUGCACUCGCUAGUAACAUCGAUUGUGUAAGCGACCGCUUAUUGAAAAUUCGUGGGGACUUGGAAAGAAAAAUUUCAUCCUCAUCUACGGGCGCUGCACCAAGAAGUACAAAUAAUACGAACACCAAUUCCAACACCCACAUAAGUCAAAAUGAACAAUCCUGGAAGCAAAUUCAAAAAAUGCUGCGUGAAUUGGAUCCCGGUAUAGCAUUGACUCAUCAGCAGCAACCAUUGUUGUACAAGAGACAACAAGUCUUGGCGUCUUCGGAUGAGUUGUUCAAAGAUUUCGCAGAACUCGAUCUUAUUCUUAAACUUCUGCUGACCGGAACGAAAAUUGACGGAACGGAAGCUCAAUCAUCUCUGGGAACUGCUGAGUCGAACGCAAAUAACAUUUCAAGUAAUAGAAACCGUGGUGGAGCCGGAGGUUCUGCGGAUGCGUCUAAUGCAACUAAAGCGGGACAGGCAUCCUCUUCUGCGCUGGAAAAACAAAAGCAGCAACAGGACAAGAAGAAAGAGCAGGAGUUGUCAUCGCAGCAACAACGACAAACGCAGCGGGGAGAGCCAUCAUCGAUUCGUCUUGAUCAGGUCACACAGGCACCAAUACUGACCCAACACAUGAGCACAACCGCCACCCGUCCUGAGGACCAAAAGCGGAUGGAAGACCUUCGCUUUAAACUUCAUGAUUUCCACAAUCGCACAACAGCUCUCGCGCAAAUUCUUCGGCGCAACUUGGAGUGUUAUCACACGGUUGCGACGGCUGUUUCCGAAAAAAUCGUUCUUGCAGACGAACAAAUCUCUAUGCUUACUGCAGCAAAGAAAGCUGCCGCAUGAGAAUGAAUCAAAGCAUUCGGCUGAGCUUUCACUACCGCUAACAUCACAACAACAAGAACAAAGCGUUAGAACGAAGGCAUGCAGUAACAGGACCUCUGGAGCAAAUUAUAGCUUCUGUUUUGGAACAUGCCUUUCCCUGCGAUACCUGAGAUGUCUUGCGAAGGCCACAAGUUUAACGUAACUCGUCCGACGUCGAGGUAAUAUGCACAGUUUCAACCAUAUUGUUAUUUCUCGUAGCGCAAAGCAAAACUUGUUGAAAAUACGUUUGGAUUGAAUGGUUAUUUCUUAUUCAACUUUACUCUACAAUAUUACUUUACAUCUUUAUAGAUCACCAGACAAAAUUAUUCAACACCGGAUUGGUUGCCCUUGUCUUCCGAUCUUCCUUAUCGGCUUGAAACCCAACACCGACAAACUGAUGCCUUUUAUCCACCGACUCACUGAACGAAUCAUCGCACAAGAAUGUCUUCUGACUUGACUGAUGAAGAUGACAUUGGUGGAACCGAAGUUGUCGCAGAGGCACUUUCAUACCGCGAAAUCUUAGAUGGUGAUUCUGUUGGAGACAAUGUCGUAGGUGCAUAUGUAGGUGCAUCUGUCGGGCUUUGCGAUGGAAAUGCUGUUUGUGCCAUUACAUGUUGUGGGUCCUGAGCCUUUGGUAUAUCGUCAAUCCCAGUGCAUAUUAGUGCCAAAGUGUUCCAUCGACAGCCUUUGUUGCGACACUUUCGUUUCUUAUUGCUCCAUUUCAAACAUUUAAGUGUAGAGGGGGUGUUAACGCACCCCUUCGGCGUCCAGCUACAGCCAUUCGUAUUCUUGCAUUUCCUUCGAUUCGAAAACGUUGCACAUCGAUUUCUUUGCGACAGAAAUCUUCCUUCUUCAUCGUUCGCCUCAUCGUCGACAGAGGAAGACGGAGAAAGUGUUGUCGGAGAAUAUGUUGGGGAAUAGGUUGUCGGAGAGAAUGUUGGAGUGCUUGUUGCUGCUAUUUUUUCAGACGGGUGUUCUGUAAAGUAAGGUAAUGUUUCUGAUAUUUGGUUUGGGAUUUUCUCGUUAAUACUUGCUUCCGUGAGAUCUAUUCCCAAGCCAACUGUCUCCUUGGUAUGUGACGAAGCGGGUUGCUCUGACCCCUAACGAAUUAUUUUCCAUCCAUUUUCGAAUGCAAGAAAAGUUAGAAACCAUA